ACACACACACGCGCACACACACCGGUGCCGGGCUCGGGAGCACACGCUCACGCUCGUUCCGCGCGUCAACCGCUCGUGUUUAGAAGGAGACCCCCCCACAGCUCGUGUCAAAUAAAUCUCCGACGCGCACCCAGUGGACGGGAUUGCACAGUUUAUUUCCCGGCUGACGUGGAGGCAGCAGGCUGGACUCCCUGCGUGUCUGUGGCACCGCUCCGUGUCUGCGCGCGCCGGGGAGGAGAAGAGGACCUGCCGGGACUUUAACGCCACCUUAAAAAAAAAAAACAUUUUGUACCUCCACUCUCUUCACUAAAGCACCUAAAGAUGAGUGGAGUGACCCCUCCGCCGGCUCCGUGUCAUUCCUCGGGAGAAGCUCGCCCCCCCGCCGCCCGUCCUCAGAAAUAAACCGGCGCGCGCUCCAACAGCUCGGAUCUACUCGAACAUGUCUUGACGUGGAUGUGAAGCUGCUGAGAUGAUGACAGAUUAUCGGGAGGAUGGCAUGGACCUGGGGAGUGAUGCAUCCAGCCGCUCCUGCUCAGAGUCCAACUCCAACAAGGUUACGCCAUGCUCACCGUCUCUUGACCUGGCCACCUUGGAGGACUACAAAUCCUCCCCCUCCCCAGAUCUGGCCACUUUAGAUGACUACGAGGAGGACGAGGACUACCAAGAGUACAAGAAGAAGGUGAUAGAGGAGUGGGAGAGCGAGUACGGCGAGGACUACGCCUCUCCGCAGCCUUCUUCUGGUCCAGACGAGAGCAGCGACGGAGGCGUGAGUGUAACCAGCCCCGACGAAGGCUACAGGAAAGCGGUGAACGGACGCAGCCUCGCGGAAGAAUUCCAGGAUGUGAAGACCGUCCCACCCCUGCCGGCCCCCGGAGGACGCACCGCCACCUCCACCGCUGCAAUCCCGAAUGAACUGAAACAGAACGGGAAUCUGAUUUUUCCCAGGAACAACCAGGUUCACACUUCUGGCUCACCAGUGGGAGGCACAGAGACUCCUAAAGCCACCCACCCCAGCUCCGGUCAGGGCUGGGGGAGCCGCAGCAGUGGCUCUGGUGGCGGUGGAGAAGGAGAUGGUGGAGGAGGAGGAAGUGGGGAGACUGAUGGCUUGAUGUGUGGGUACAAAGAGGAGAGGGCAGAAGAAGAGCCUCUACCCACCAUGGACUGGGCAGCUCUGGAGAGGCACCUGGCUGGUCUGCAGUGCAGGGAGCAGGAGAACCAAAACCUGAACCACAACCAGAACCACAACAUGGGCAAGACCAACUACACCUCCGCCCAGAAAAAUGAGCGGGAGUCCAUCAGGCAGAAGCUGGCCCUGGGCAGUUUCUUCGACGAUGGCCCGGGCAUCUACACGAGCUGCAGCAAGAGCGGCAAACCCAGCCUGUCCUCACGGCUGCAGAGCGGCAUGAACCUGCAGAUCUGCUUCGUCAACGACAGCGGCAGCGACAAGGACAGCGAUGCGGACGACAGCAAGACGGAGACCAGCCUGGACACGCCUCUGUCCCCCAUGUCUAAGCAGAGCUCCUCCUACUCGGACCGGGACACCACGGAGGACGACUCGGAGUCUCUGGAGGACAUGGACUUCUUGAGUCGGCAGAAGAAGCUGCAGGCCGAGGCCAAGCUGGCCCUGGCCAUGGCCAAGCCCAUGGCCAAGAUGCAGGUGGAGGUGGAGAAACAGAAUCGCAAAAAGUCACCUGUGGCCGACCUGCUUCCACACAUGCCUCACAUCAGCGAGUGUCUAAUGAAACGAAGUCUGAAACCCACCGACCUGAGAGACAUGACGCUGGGGCAGCUGCAGGUUAUAGUAAAUGACCUGCACUCCCAGAUUGAGAGUCUGAACGAGGAGCUCGUGCAGUUGCUACUGAUCCGGGAUGAACUCCACAUGGAGCAAGACGCCAUGCUGGUGGACAUCGAGGACCUGACCAGACAUGCAGAGAGCCAGCAGAAACAUUUGGCUGAGAAGACCCUGUCCAAAUAAGAUACCCAUCCCUGCUCCACCCCGCCAAGCUUCACCCUCCUGCUACAAGAUGAACUUUACCCCCCACACCCCCACUCCGAACCAUCUCACCUCUGUGUCGAUCCGAAACCUUCCCGCUUGCCCCGAGUAUUUUCGCUCCCCGCUGCGCCUCCUGUUCCCCGCUCUUCCCCCUCCUGUCAGCCCACAGACUUCACUGGUAGCAACAGCACAGAAGGAAGACAUUCCCUCCGAUCUGCUUCCGCCAGCGCCGAGGAUGGAGCAGCACUUCCUGCUAUCUGGGAGAAGAGGAAACCGAUCGUGUGUUGCCAUAGAUUCUGUCCCCAGCUUCCUGUGCAGUAAUAGGCCUUGCUUUGCAACUGUUUCUUUUUAACUUUCUACAUUUGCCACUAAAUUAUAACUGUUCAAAUACAAAAAAAAAAUAAUAAUAAUGUGAGAAAAAAUUGCUACAAGAAUAGUAGAAAGUCAGUCGUAAGAAGAAACAAAAAGAAACAGUGUAUGGAGACAAAAAAAAACUAUUUAACACUUAACUUCUUUGGAUUAUUUUAGCUGGAUGGUAAUUUCAAAGUCUCUCAAAGUUUGAACCGUUUUAAUUCUGCACAAAUGGUAGUUUUCAACUGAGAAACGUUCCUUUUCGAAGGUGCUAAAAGAGUGUAAAAGGAAACAUGCCUGCCUUGUAGUGGAGUUGUAGAGUUUGGUAAUAUGUUCACUCUUCAACAUUUUGUGAAUGUUGAUUUUUCUGACACGAGUCAUUUUAAAUGAAUAAGUGUGUUAAUAUCAUUUUCAUGCUACUGUAUUCAGAUGCUUUAUUUGAGGGGAGAAACGUUUAUGUACAGAUGUGUAAAAUAAAGGAAAAAACUUUGUUUCAUA